AUGAUGGGAAAUACAAAGCAAUUAGCUGAGCUGAUAUCAUCGCUGGAGCAAGCAACUCUCAUGGCGCAGCAAAUCGGAACCGCCGUGGAACAAAACCAGCUCUUCGAAAUCUCCUCCUCUCUCCGCAUAGCCCACCACCGCCUCUCCGCCUUCCUAACUACCAUUCCAUCUUCGGCAGCCGACAAGUCUCUCUCCUCCGUCGAUUCGAUGCAAUUAGGGGUGGAAGAAGAGAACGGCGAGGCUGAGGCGGCGGAAGAGGAGAGAUCGCCGGCGGUGGAGAAGGUGGAGGAGAAGAUGAGAGAGUGUUUCAUCAGAAACAAGAGAGCCAAGCGGCCAUUGUCUCCGUCGUCGGCCGUGGUGGGGACUUCGGCAACGGAGAAGAGGAGUGGCCGUGAGUAUGGGAUUGAUUUCGACCCACACACCUCCAAGCUGCGAGCAUUGGAUCUUAUCUACCAAUUUCAUGGAUGA